AUGUCUGACAGCGAGGAACGCGAGACCAAGCCCUUCAAGUUCGUUACUGGCUUUGAUGCCCGCUUCCCGAACCAGAACCAGACCAAGCACUGCUGGCAAAACUAUGUCGACUACCACAAGUGCAUCCUAGCCAAGGGCGAGGACUUUGCUCCAUGCCGCCAAUUCUUUUUGGCUUACCGAUCAUUGUGCCCAAGUGCCUGGUGCGAGAGAUGGGAUGACCAGCGAGCAAACGGAACCUUCCCUACUCGCCUUGAUCAGUAA